AGGGGUCCGGCCCCGCGGCCGCACGGGGCGAAGACCGUUCCGGGAGCUCGUCACCCGGAAUUCCCUUGGGGGUCAAGUGAUGGGAAGCGCGGUCAUGGAUACCAAGAAGAAGAAGGACGGUGCCAGCCCCGGCGGGAGCGGCGGCAAGAAGAACUCCAGCUCCAAGAGGCGGUCGCUGCGCGUGCACAUCCCGGAUCUGAGCUCCUUUGCCAUGCCACUUCUGGAUGGAGAGUUGGAGAGCGUGGACAAGCAUGCUCGCAAGGUGGAUAACCCCUUCAGCGCGGGCAGCCCCUCCAAGGGUUUAUUCUCCAGAGGCCCCCAGCACCAGCCCUCCAGCCCCAUGUCUGCUCCCGUGAGGCCCAAGACCAGCCCCGGCUCACCCAGAACAGUGUUCCCAUUCUCCUACCAGGAGUCGCCCCCGCGUUCUCCGCGCCGGAUGAGCUUCAGUGGCAUCUUCCGCUCCUCGUCCAAGGAGUCCUCCCCAAGCUCCAAUGCCUCUACCUCUCCCGGGGGCAUCCGGUUCUUCUCCCGCUCCAAAAAAACUUCCGGCCUCUCCUCGUCUCCAUCUACACCCACCCAGGUGACCAAGCAGAACACGUUUCCCCUGGAAUCCUAUAAGCAUGAGCCUGAGCGAUUGGAAAAUCGAAUCUAUGCCUCCUCUUCCCCUCCGGAAAUAAACCAGAGAUUCUGCCUACCUUCCUUCCAGAGUGCCACCCACCCAGCAGCACCACCGCCGGUGGCUGCCUCCAGAACGCAGGAAGAUGGGAGAAACCCUAAUGUAGAAGAAUGGAUGGAGACAUUUUGGCACAUGUACCAAUCAGAAGACUCUGAAAGUGGCGUAUACAUGCGAUUCAUGAGAUCACACAAGUGUUAUGACAUUGUUCCUACAAGUUCAAAGCUUGUUGUCUUUGAUACGACGUUACAAGUUAAAAAGGCCUUCUUUGCCUUGGUAGCCAAUGGUGUUCGAGCAGCGCCACUGUGGGAGAGUAAAAAACAAAGUUUUGUAGGAAUGCUAACAAUUACAGAUUUCAUAAAUAUACUCCAUAGAUACUACAAGUCACCCAUGGUACAGAUUUAUGAAUUAGAGGAGCAUAAGAUUGAAACAUGGAGGGAGCUUUAUUUACAAGAAACAUUUAAGCCUUUAGUGAAUAUAUCUCCAGAUGCAAGCCUCUUCGAUGCUGUAUACUCGUUGAUCAAAAAUAAAAUCCACAGAUUGCCAGUUAUUGACCCUAUCAGUGGGAAUGCACUUUAUAUUCUUACCCACAAAAGAAUCCUCAAGUUUCUCCAGCUUUUUAUGUCUGAUAUGCCAAAGCCUGCCUUCAUGAAGCAGAACCUGGAUGAGCUUGGAAUAGGAACGUACCACAACAUUGCCUUUAUACAUCCAGACACUCCUAUUAUUAAAGCUUUGAACAUAUUUGUAGAAAGACGAAUAUCCGCUUUGCCUGUUGUCGAUGAAUCAGGAAAAGUUGUAGAUAUUUAUUCCAAAUUUGAUGUAAUUAAUCUUGCUGCUGAAAAAACAUAUAAUAACCUAGAUAUCACGGUGACCCAGGCCCUUCAGCACCGGUCGCAGUAUUUUGAAGGUGUGGUGAAGUGCAGCAAGCUGGAAACACUGGAGACGAUCGUGGACAGGAUAGUGAGAGCCGAGGUGCAUCGGCUGGUGGUAGUCAAUGAAGCAGAUAGUAUUGUGGGUAUUAUUUCACUGUCUGACAUCCUUCAAGCCCUAAUACUCACACCAGCAGGUGCCAAGCAGGAGACAGAAGCUGAGUGACACUGUGAUUGCAGGCCCCCUCGAGGAGAACUUGAACAGCGUUCCGGGGCUCACGUUUUACCUCUUGGAACACUGACCACAAUAGAAGAAAGUAAAAUGGUUAAGAAUGUGUAUCAGGGUUUAGGGUAUUUUUUUCCAUUGAUGUUGAAACUGAACAUAAAAAGAGAAAGGUUUUAUAUGCUUGAAGAUUCAGGCUUGCAUUAAAAGACUAUUUCCAGACUUAGUCUGAGACUGCAAAUGCUGUCUGUCAUAACAGUGCAUUGUGUCCUGGAAGUCUUCGUUUCCAUUUCAAAGGGUCCGCUGGUGUGCAGCAGGUCUUGUGACAUAAGGUGAGUGUGUGGCAUAUUCAGAUCAUAGUGCCUUAUGUCAGAACACAGCAAUAUGUCAUCACAGCGGAGGCGCACUGGGGGGCGGGCAAUCUACUGGACUGAAUGUCUGAACCUCUUACCAAAUCAGCUCGUCCUCGUUAGAGUUGUCCAAAAGUCGCCCUUUGAAUAGAAGUCAUUACUUUGAAAACUUCAAUGGUGGUUUUGAGUUUAAAUGUUUUGUUCUCAACUACAGUGUAAAACAAGAACUGCUUUGAAAACAGCUUUAUUUAUUUUUACUUCCAUGACAAUUGUUUUCACCUCUUUGGGUGGGGAAACUUCACCAUAUCCGUCAAUAAACUCUUGGUUAUUCUUUUACAAUGACAAAUUUCUCAUUUUUGAAGUUUGGACCUGGAGAGGAUAUGACGUUUAAGGUAACGCCUGCGUGGAGACCCACCACAGUGAAGGAUGCCUGUCUUACGAUGUGCAGAUGGAAAGGUCUUUUUUUUUCCUUUUUGUGUAUUAAAAUGUAAAAUCAUGAUUAUA